AAAGAUUCUGUAAUUUGGAGUGUAGCAACGAUGUGGGCAAGCGCCGAAGGAGGGCCGCCGGAGGUUACUCUGGAGACUUCCAUGGGUUCUUUCACUGUCGAGCUUUACUUCAAACAUGCGCCGAGAACAUGUAGAAAUUUUAUUGAACUUUCUCGGCGAGGUUAUUACGACAAUGUCAAAUUUCACCGGAUUAUUAAGGAUUUUAUAGUUCAAACUGGAGAUCCCACAGGAACUGGACGGGGUGGGGAAUCUAUUUAUGGUAAGAAGUUUGAGGAUGAAAUAAAACCAGAGUUGAAGCAUACCGGAGCUGGUAUUCUAUCAAUGGCAAAUGCUGGUCCUGAUACAAAUGGAAGCCAAUUCUUUAUCACUCUUGCUCCUUGCCCAUCUCUAGAUGGGAAGCACUCCAUCUUUGGAAGAGUUUGUAGGGGAAUGGAAAUAAUCAAAAGGCUUGGCAGCGUACAAACUGAUAACAAUGAUAGACCCAUCCAUGAUGUGAAAAUACUACGAGCAUCAGUUAAAGACUAAACCGUUCGGUUAUGAACUUUAACUUUUGACACACUCGUAGCGUAUUAUCGAACCAAUCGAACCAUGUAUGAAACAGCAAUCGAAGCAAUGUAUUUUUAUCAUGGAAAUGAAGAAUUUCCAUUGUUUGUUGGUUGAAGACAGAGCAGGGGAAGAGGAACUUCCAAUCUCAUCAUGUAAGUGGUAUUCAAAACUCAUAACUUAGUAUAUGACUUAUUUUUCUGUGUCUAAUAUGAGGUCGAGAGUUCCUAACUUCGAAUCGUGAAUGAACAAUGCUUGUUUUUGGAUUCCUCGU